GUUGAUUGGGUUAACCGGUACAAGUUAAUUUAAAUCUUAACACAAGAGUUAUCAUAAUAUUCAAUUUUUUCCUAAAAUUUACACUUCUAUUCCAACAUUGAUCAUGAUUCGCCAAAGUCUUACACUUAUCUUGGUGUUGUCUGUAAUUUCAUCAAUUCACAGCCAACUGAGUCCCGCAGACGUAUUGAAUCAAGUAUGUGAGACCUCGAUGAAAACAAUAAAAGCUGGAACUUAUGAGAAGAGAAUCAAAGACAGGCAAGAAUGCAGGGAGAAAACCGUACCUAAAGACGUACUCGCUGCAGCGGCUAAAUGUGAAGAAGCCAUGCCAAUGUUGACUGCUGAUCAGGUAAACAAAGUGUGCAACGCCAAGGAUGCUAAUCUAGCUAAAUUUACUGAGGUUCUUGGAUGUUUUGAUAAAGUGCUUGGUGAACAAUAUACUGCUAAAUUUUCGAAUUGCUGCAAUUUAAUGGAUCCAGAUAAUGAUUCAAAGCGUUCCAAUUGAUUCAGCGAAAGUUAAACGAAUUGGUUCGUCUAUGAUCUAAUUUCAAUCUCUCAACAUUAAAACUUGAAAAAUAUUGAACACAUUUUUAUGAUUUGAAAAAUAAAUAUUUUAUAGCAAAAAAA